UACAUGACUGAAGAUAUCACGUUCGCCCGUAUAAGACCGAACAUAACAGGCGUAUAACUCCAGCUGUGACUGCGUCUGUUCAGCGUCCAACUCCGUUUUAGAGCUGUAACAAGGGUGACAACCAGCAACGGACGGAAGAGGACGCACCACAGCCAGAGCGCACAGUGUUGUGUUUGUUGGACACAUGGAUUUCAGCGAAAACUAGUACUAUCCAGACCUAAGGAAUUGGUUGAGAUAAGAAUAUAAGGAGCGCUUUUUAAUCAUCCAACCGAGAAGAGCCAAGUUGCUCCGGAUUUUUGUCCGUCUUUGCACCAAGGGAAUGCGGAGGGAGGAAAUCCAGUCUCAGCUCCAAAUAAGCAGAGACUCUUAACUGAGUCUUCUCCAAACACAGGAAAUACGGCCUGGGAAGAAAAAAAAAGUUUGGGAGCUUUUGGGAACGAGAGGGGGCCUAUCGCUGACGCUUUGCAUGCGUUUUAGGUUACGACUUGACAUUUUUACCAUAACAUUUUGGUAGUUAGUGUUCCAUCUGUCCUACAGAGGAAGUUGUAGAAAAGCAUUCCCAUUUUACAUGCUGUUGGUGGUGUUAUUUGCAAAAGUUUUGAUCAUCACUAUUUAUAGACCAGCCUGUUCCGACCGAGGCUGUUCCUCAGAACUGUAGCCUAUGUUUUGCCAACUGCGCGCAACAAGUUGCAGACACUGUCAGCAGAGAUAAACCUACGCCAAUUUGGGGCAGUGGAUGGAAUUUUCUGCUCUUGUCUUUUCGGACCAUUCGUCUUUGAAUAGCGCAUACCCCUCCCCGAGCCCCUCUUUGAAAAGCAAAGGGGAAAAUAAACGGUGGAGAUCCGGAGAGGGAGUUCAGGAAAGGACGGGGCUGCAUCGGUGGGAAUAGGCCUGUCUGACAGGCCUUCAAUGAUUUGGGUCUUGGGCUGGACAGGGCAAAAUAACUCGGUCACGAAUUGUUUAGUUUUUCUUCAAAUUCUUUUUUCUUUCUUUUUGGAGUGGCCCGUUCGAAUAAAGAUGGAAAUUGAAUGUAGGGGAAUAAGAAAGGGAAUUCCUUCACGCUUUGAGCCGUGUAUGAGAAUGGAUGUAGUGAGAGGUAAAACCCAUUUAAUAACAGAUCAUCCAUUUUUUUAAUUACCUGGAUGAAGUGGUUCUUCUCAUUUCAGACUGGCAUGGGUUUUAAUUGAAACAUUUACUGUGUUUAAAGAUAACCACGCUCGAUAAAAUGAAGGGAAUUCAUAAACUCCAAACACAUUUUUAUUUCAAGACUGGUGGUCGUUGAUAAUAACAAGAUUUUGGAUGUGUUUUAACAGGGAAAGAGGAGUGUAAAUGGACCAUUUAUCGCGUAUUUUGUGGAGAUAAGAAGGACAUUGUAACUUUUACAGCCAGCUGUUGACAGCUUAAAUCAGUAUCUGCACACACGAUGAAACCUUGGACUUGAACUGUUUUUUUUUUCUUCUUCUUUUUCACUCAAUCAACCUGAUUGAAGGAUGAGGGAAGAAACUGGCAUUUUUUCCUGACGUUACCUAACUUUAUUGUGUCAGUAGUAUCAAAACCUUGCGCACAUCCACAGGAGAUCAUUACCAGUCGUGUAACGUCAGGGCUGACUUGAUGAAGAAAAACCGUUGCAUCACUAACCAGUCUUUUCCGAGAAGGAUGUUCAAUUCAGGAGGCAGAAAGAGUGAUGAGUGUUUUUACCGCAGCUGGAGAGAAAGCCGGGCUCCUACCCAGAGCCUCUUUGGAGAGGGAUGCAUGUAAUGUGAGCACUGACGCAAAACCCAGACUCGGAUAAUGGUGUGCUCAAGAAACUGGAACGGCGCGUCUUAUGUGAGUGAGUGAGUUGAGUGUGCAGGCUGCUGUGUGCGUAGCCAAUACGUCUGUACCGCGCUCACCAUUCAUGCAGUGUGAUUAUUCUAACGAACACCUUCCCUCGUCUGCCUUGUUUUGUCACUCCGUCACAGCCGCCUCCUCCUUCCUUUUCCGCGCCACGCGUGCACACCCGGCGCUCGUGCACUGAGUCUAAUUGCCUGAGCGCCUUCAGAAGAUAUUAUUAUUAAUAUUUAACACCCCUUGUUGCACAUCUCCCUCUCCACUCGUUUCCGCGUCACACCAGUCAACAUGGCCACUCUUCAACAUCACCGGCAGCUUCUUAUGCAUGGCACGGAGGUGAGCUGCGGCUCCGGCGGGGAUGGGGCUGUCACCGUGCGGAUUACCAACAACUCCCCACACCUGCAUCAGCGCGAGCCACCCAGGGCUGCCAAUAGUGGAGCAGGAGGAGCUGGAGGCUGUGGGGGUGCUAAUAAAGUGAACCCUAACCUGCACAAAUACAGCAUCUCCUCCAGCUGCAGCUCUGCAGAUUCCAGACCGGCUGUGACCUCCACUUCGAGGGUGAAAAGAAUACCGCCCCUGUUUGAGCGUUCUGCCGCCCAGUGCUGGGACCCCAAGUUUGACUCUCCUGUCCUGGAAGAGGCGUGCCAAGAGAGGUGUUUUCCUCAAAAGCAAAGGCGGUUCCGCUAUGUCUUGUUCUAUCUAGCUGUGGCAGCUGGACUCUGGGGGGUGUACUUUGGGGUCAAUAAUGACCGCUGCUGCCCUACGACCUUCCUAGCACCCACUGCCUCGUUUUUGGCCUUAUUAGUGCUCCUCUUUUUGUUCACCUUCACUCAGCCAUAUUCAUGGUGGUACAACCAAACCACCUUGCUCCUGAUAGCAGUGACCUUUGCCAUAACUUUGGCUCCACAGAUACAAACUGCUGGUUAUACUGAGCUGGAGUGGGCUGGUGGUGGGAAUGCCUCAUAUCACUCCUUGAAGAAUGUGGCCUCACCUCAAGUCCCUUGCAUCUCCCCUGUUGGCACCUUUUCUUUGUGUAUGGAGGUUCUUUUGUUAUUAUACAGUGUUCUCCAUGUCCGCCUGUAUGCUUCGGUAAUGCUGGGACUCCUGUAUUCUAUAUUGUUUGAGGCAUUAGGAUGGCUUCCAUUGCUUCACAGGAGUUAUGACACAACUGGACAUGUGUCAGGGUUAGUGGGCACUGACUGGGAAGAGGACACACUACGCUGGCUGGGCCCAGCCAAAGGCCUACUACACUUAUGUGCCCAUGUCAUUGGCAUCCACCUGUUCAUCAUGUCUGAAGUACGUUCCCGUAGCACAUUUCUAAAAGUGGGCCAGGCUAUCAUGCAUGGCAAAGACUUAGAGGUGGAAAAGGCCUUGAAGGAGCGUAUGAUUCACUCAGUCAUGCCAAGACGAGUUGCAGACGAGCUGAUGAAGCAGGGCGAUGACGAGGGUGGUGGCGAGAAUUCUGGCAAGCGAUACUCCUCUGGUGCCUGCUCUGCCUCGGCUGUCACAGUGGGUGGUGGAGGAAGCGGCGGAGCUUCUCAAGCACAAAGUGUCAUGAGCUCCAAGAAUAACCCUCACAACAAUCACAAACGCAAAAAGACCUCGAUCCCCAAAGGGCAGAUCAUAUUUAGGCCCUUUAACAUGAAACGGAUGGAGCCUGUCAGCAUCCUCUUUGCAGAUAUUGUGGGUUUCACCAAAAUGUCUGCCAAUAAGUCAGCACCAGCUUUGGUGGGCCUUCUUAAUGACUUGUUUGGACGUUUUGACAGACUCUGUGAGCUAACUUUUUGUGAGAAGAUCAGCACUCUGGGAGAUUGCUACUACUGUGUAGCAGGCUGUCCUGAGCCCAGACCGGAACAUGCCCACUGCUGUGUGGAGAUGGGUUUAGGCAUGAUCCAGGCCAUUGAGCAGUUCUGUCUGGAGACAUGUGAGACUGUUAGCAUGCGUGUUGGUGUUCAUACAGGCACCGUCCUGUGUGGCAUCUUGGGAAUGAAGCGCUUCAAAUUUGACGUAUGGUCAAAUGACGUUAAUCUGGCGAACCUGAUGGAGCAGCUGGGUGUGGCAGGCAAGGUUCACCUGUCUGAAGCCACCGCCAGAUUUCUGGAUGACCGUUAUCAGGUUGAAGACGGGCAGGUGGCAGAGAGAGCUGGGCAAAGUGUGAUGGAGAAACUGAAGGGCAUGAAAACGUACCUGAUCUCAGGAAGGAAGCUGGACCAUGAUGUGCAGUGUGGCUGUUCUCAGGUUGGACUGUCAAGCAUGGAUUAUGUUGGAGCCAGCCUGUCCUCCUGCCCUCCACCCCGCACACCAGACCUCAUUGCUGGAGGGGCCCAUGCUCCUGAGUCUCUGCUGCCUCACCAACCAACAGACAAGACUGGGCCUCCCUGUGUGCACCACAGUACAGUAUGGCCCUCUGUGGCAGAGCAGGGUGAUGAUGUGGCCAUGUUGAAUGGCUGCCAGGAAGAACUCAAGACAAGCAGUGCCAAGUUUAUCCCAGGUCAUAGCCCCAGGGCAGCCAACGGCCUCCUGAGUCCUCCGCUGGAGGACCCAGUGCGUGCCAGUCAAAGUUCCCUGUGUGACAUCCUCCAGGAGAAAGAAAAGAAGACCAGCACAAGCACAGGAACUGGCACUAGCCUUGGCAUGGCUGGAGGCACGGGGGCAACAGGUUCAGGCAUGGAUCACUCUGCCCUCAUUCAGCUGCGUGCCGAGAACUUCAAAAAGAAAAGCGACGGCCACUUUGUAGAUGUUAUCAGGGAGGACAGUCUGAUGAAGGACUACUUUUUCAAGCCACCUAUCAACAAAAUCAGCCUCAACUUCCUAGAGAGAUCUCUAGAAAAGGCCUAUCGCAACAGCUACAAGGAGGAGGUGAAGAACAAGAUUAAGGUUCAGACAUUUGCGAGCUCCACCUUCAGCUCCUUUCUGGACGUUCUCCUCAGCUGUUUUGUCUCCCUGGCAUUAACCCUGGCCUGCUUCCUUCCAUCUCUGGUGAGCCCAGCCACUGUGGGCUCCUCAGCGCUCACUGCUCUGGUCGUGGCUCCCCUGGUUGCUCUGCUACAGUUGGCCUCACUGGUGUUUGCCAUACGCAUAACCUUCUAUUUGGAGGACCUGAUGAGCUGCACUCGCUCCCUUCUCAAGGUCAUUUCUGGCUGGGUCUCUCGCCAUGUGAUUGGGGCUGUUUUGGUUUCCCUUCCAGCCAUCUCUGUCCUGUCCCACCUCAUAUGCAGCGUUCAUCCUCCCCUUCAGGUGACCAUGUUCCUGUGCUGUGCCACCAUCCUGGCCAUCAUCCAAUAUUGUAACUUCUGUCAGUUGAGUUUUUGGAUGCGUUCAGUCCUGGCCACUGCUACAGGGGUCGCUCUGCUGCUAUUGUUGUACAGUCCCUUGCACAGCUCAAGUAAUAACAGCAUGCCACUUCAUGGACUGAACAUCUCCACACUGAGUGAAGGUGGUUCAGAACUGGGUCCAGGCCCUCCUCAGCAACUCUUUGAACUCUUGGUCCCAGAGGCCAUCCUGGCAUUUUUCUUGCUUCUUCUCCUCGUCUGGUUCCUCAAUCGUGAGUUUGAGGUCAGCUACCGUCUCCAUUACCAUGGCAACGUGGAGGCUGAUAAGCACCGCUCCAAGAUUCAGAUGAUGAGAGACCAAGCGGAAUGGUUACUGGACAACAUCAUCCCAAUCCAUGUCGCCGACCAGCUCAAGCUGACCCAAAGCUACUCCAAGAACCAUGACAGUGUUGGUGUGAUUUUUGCCAGUAUUGUUAACUUUAGUGAAUUCUAUGAAGAGAGCUAUGAGGGAGGAAAAGAGUGCUACCGUGUCUUGAAUGAGCUGAUUGGAGACUUUGAUGAACUCCUACGGAAAGCUGAAUUCAAAAGCGUGGAAAAAAUCAAGACUAUCGGCUCUACUUACAUGGCAGCAUCAGGACUGAAUGUCCAGCAGCUGGCUGAGGAAGAUGAUGAUUCUCCACAUGCCCAUCUCAGGGCACUUUUCAACUUUGCCCUUGAGAUGAUGGGUGUCCUGGAUGAUUUCAACAAAAACAUGCUGGGCUUUGGUUUUAAACUUCGUAUUGGAUUUAACCACGGGCCCCUAACAGCAGGGGUGAUUGGCACCACUAAGCUGCUUUAUGACAUCUGGGGGGACACGGUCAACAUUGCCAGCCGCAUGGACUCCACAGGUGUGGAAUGCCGGGUGCAAGUGAGCGAGGAAAGCCAUGCUGUGCUCAGCGCCAUGGGUUUAGAGUUUGACUACAGAGGGACAGUGAAUGUUAAGGGCAAAGGCCAAAUGAGGACCUUUCUCUACCCCAAAAGUGAGGAAAGUCCAUGCCAGGAUCGAAUGGAGCUGGCAGCUGGAGUUGGACCUUUGUCUGCGGCUUUACCUGCCAGUAACACUUCAGUAUACGCUGCCCAGGCAGUAGCUCCUCCUGCCUCUCCUUCCACUCCUUCAACCUUCUCUCUUUCCACUCUUUCCCCUCAGCCCCAAUGCACUGUAAGGCCUGUAGGGGCAGGGCCUGAGCCUAUCUCCGCCAAGUGCUCAGAAGUGAGGGACGAAGGAUAUAGGGACGCUGCACACCUACCUGAACAAUCCCCUGUCAUAGACAUCAUUCAGCCCCCUGCCCAUUCUGAGCCAGGCCCACAAGCCAGUGCUGCAAAAGCGCCCUCCCCAGUGCAGCCUGCUCCUCUCGCACUUCAGGAGGAAGAUGAAGAAGAAGAGGCCAACGAGUUUACAAAACUCAAUGAGGAGUUUUAUGCUCGUUUCUGAUCCCUCAUCUCCCCUGCCCUAUAUUCCCCGACUAACCCCAGCUGUUGCCUCUCCUGGUUCUGGUUGCAGAUGUGGGCUUCCUUUAAGCAAAGCGUUUUUGGCACAGAAGAAGGAGCUGGUCACUUCGACAAAAAUAACGGCAUCAAUGGCUUUUAAAACGGCUACCGAGAUUUUUCAUUGGAGUGUUGCCUUAGUGCGUGUUAGACCUGUGUUGAGCACAGUGGUUUCUAAUGGAGGAAAAGGAUGAAAAGGGUCAAGACAAAGAGAGGGAAGAUAUAUCGGUGUUGCUUAUUUUUUCCGUAAUAGUUUUUGUCAUCAAGUGCCUUCAGGACUAGAACAGUGAACAAAUAAAUAUAAAUACUGAACAAAUUUUAAGAAUAUCACACUACACAACACGCUGGUGGUUCAUACUCCGUGCUUUUAUUUCAAAUGCAAAUAUUUCUUUAUAAAUCAUUAUCUUUGUGCCAUAUCAGUUGUUUUAACUUGAUCAAAGUCCUGACUAUUGCGUAAGGAAAAUCUUCUUCUCUUUUUUUUUUUUUAGAUUUAAUUUAAGUGCCAGCACAGUAUGAUGGGCUGAGCAGGAAAUUAUGGGAAAAAUGAGGGAAUCACAUGAUGCAGUGUUAGUUUACAUAUUCUGCUUUUACACGAGGGCUUAAACACAGUAUUCAUUUAUGCCAGAGUUUCACUUUCAAGGGGACAUGCUACAAAAGCAGCUUGUGUAGAUUUUAGCUGGUAUUGUAGCUAAAUGCACAUUAUAAGCACAGUUCUUGCACAGUGUUUUAUCGACCACUUGUAUUUGGUAUCUUAUUACUGCUUAUUAGCUUAUAAGAAAUUUUAAUGAGUUCUUUCAAUCAAAAGCACAAAAUCUAAUUAGAUAAGGGAAUCUAUAGGUGGUUUUAAAGAGUAAUGCCAUCACGAAAGCAGGAAGGCACUUUAAAUAUACUUAAAGUCACUCCAAAAUCAGUUUUUUGAGUAUGUAACACUCACCCCCUGUAGACUGGAAAGAUGCAGCGGGAGGCUGAGAAGGUGGGUUGAUUCAUGCAUUUAACCUUAUAGAUGGCAAAAAAUAGAAACCCACUUUAUUUUGUAUUGUCAAUAGAUUUAAUUAAUGAAUGAAAAGACCAAAUCAAUCUGCAUCUGAUAGCCUUUGACUUCCCUUCGUUUUGUGGCAUUCGGCUGCAGUCCAGUUUGUAAAUUUGUCACAGGAGUUUAAAAAUGGAGAAAGCGAUUUUUUUAAACUUUAGUAUACACCAGAGAACUUUCUUGACAUACUGAAAAAAAGAUGAGGAAUGACAUCUAACUCAAAGCCAGCGCAGCAACUCUAUUUUUUCACGAGUCCUGAGACAGUAAAUUGUGAGACAUUUUUGGAGACUUUUCCAUUAUUGGACUUGGUGCAGUUUCAACAGAAGUAUUAUGUUACCUGGUUUGCUGAUUGUAAUAAUUUUAAGACAAUAAAAUAACCUACGCCAAGCUUUCAAAACAGGCAGCGCUGCCAGUAGAUUGAAUUAAUUACUGUUUGUGGUCUUUUCAUAUGAUGCAAUUAAACAAAUCCAGAACAACACCAGUUAUCCAUUAAAAAGCUACAGUGGGGUGAGAGUUGAAUACUUCAAUGAUUUUGGGUGGAAUACAACUUUUAACAGGACUGUGAGGGACAAUCACUGUGUAGUUAGACGUAGAUGACGGGGCGGUCCGCGUGCAGUCGCUUCCGUAUCAAAGAACAGAGCAACUGAAUUUUUUUUUCCACAGUACUGUGUUAAACCUCAGAGUUAAAAUUGUGUGAUGCUCCAUUUGUUGCUUUCAUUGCCAAAAACUAGACAUAAAAAGAAAGAAAAAAAAAAAAGAAAAGAAAAAAAAGAUUAGACCAUUGCUACAGAUUUACUCAACAGAUCAGUGUUGUCUGCCUUUAGCUGUGUGAUUUGCUGUUGAAGGGUUGGGACUUUUUAAAACCUCUUCCCUAAGAGGGGCCCUCUACUGUAUCGAUAUUGUGCCACUUUAAUAGAGUGAUCUAUAGGUGCAGUGCAACCUAAACUAGCUGAUUGUUUUGUGGUGCCUAAAAGUAUGACUGUAUUUUUUUCUUUUUCUUUUUUUUAAGUAUUUUGGUUUUCAGUAAGUUUUUUAUGCUGUCAUAAUAAGGAUAGAUUAUGAUUGUAUCUUUGAGAAAAUUAUGCUUCUACAGUGUUUGCUGCAAUUUUCAUUUGACAAAUUCCAUUUUUUUUUUUUUUGUUUUGUUUUGUUUUUCUUUGCUUCUUUCCAGUGUAUUCAUCCUGUUAUUAACCAGGUGUCUAAAAUGUUGUGGUCGUGUUCACAUUGAACAGCUGCCUCUGUUUGUUCUAUUUUGUCUUUAUUCACUUCAUGUUUUGCCUUUUCUCUUGAAAGCACUUAUUUUUCUCUUGUACUCUGUGUGUAUAUGUUCGGUAUGUGUGUGAGAAACUUCAGACUUGUACUAAAUAUCAAAAAGAGAAAAAAAAGGUGCAAAAGGAAAUCGUACUAGACCCCCUUUUUUAAGCCGUUAUCUCGUUGCAGCUGUCUCAUUUGUAUAGGAAUGACAUUUAAACUAUACAUUAUUUAAAAAGAAAAAGCAGGAAAGGCCUGAAAUUUCAGAUGCAUCAGUUGACACAUCACCAACACAUUACAGAGUCUUUCCUUCAAGUGUGGCCACAUGCAAAGAUACAGACAUGACAACAGAAUGGAGGAACCAUCUCUUUUUAUCUGUAUCAUCUGUAGCAUGAAAAUGUGUUUACCUCUGCCAUUGUGCAUUCCAAACAUAAACAACCAGUGCCUUUUCAUUUUGAUUAUGUUUAAUAAGUAAAUGUGAGAUGUGACUAUAUCAAAUAACAUAAUCUUAGUAGCAUAUAAUACCAUAAAAAUCCAAAGAAGCAUCCCCUUAAGCCGUCAUUGUAGCUUCAGACGUAGAGUAACGUGAGAUCUGCUCUUGUGAUGCAAACUUUCUUGUCCUCUUGUGAUGCAUUUAUCUCAUCUUACUUGUAUUUGUCAAAUGUAAUGAAUCAGAGCACACAAAGUUACAGAAAAAAUUAAAAUAUCAGGUAUCAGUCAUGAAGGAAAGUUCUUGUUUCUAACUAACAUUUUCCAAAUUACCAUUCUGCCUUAUGUAGUUUUUCUUUUUCUUUUUUUUUUAAGAUAAUCCAUGGGUUUCAAGCCAUGUGGCUGCACAGCAUUAAGAGGCUACCCCAAAAUACUUUUGAGUUAUAGGUGGACUCCAUGGCUACACAACCUUUCCAGUAGUACAGGGCUGUACAGUCCCGUAAAUAAAAUAUUAAAGUGAACCCCACUACCUCUGUGAUCUGUGAGGCAGUAAGGGGGGAGAUGUGUUUGUGAUCUCUUUUGCAUGUGAGCCAUCUCUUUUUUUUAUUCCACACCACACUCAACUUUCUUUUAUUUAAUUUCAGUAUCCCUCUUUCUAUAUUUAUGUUGGACCUGAAGCAUAUAUUCCCAAUAUUGCAGGAAAUUUAAAUCAUCAUGCUUUGCUUCUUUAAGAUUAUUAGGAUAUUGUAUUAAUAAGUUGUGAAUGGUGAGAUUUGUUUCAGUUUUGGCAAAGGGAAUGGAUUAGAAAACAGUACUCCCUUCACAAAAACGUAGUUUAAAAACAGUAAUGUGCAAGAAGAAUAAGUUGUUUAGCAAUCCCUUUUUGUUGAAGCAAUGUGAUUGUGUCCUAUGACAGUGAUAUAAUAAAAGACAUAGAAGGGCAUAAUGUUAGCAUUUACGUUCAUCAUCAUGAAACAGCAUCACCUAAUCACUAGUAAAUGGUGACAACUAUUAAACUGCAAAUAAAAUCAACCCAUACAAAAGUUAUACAGUGUUGUUUGAUUUGAAAUGUUAUUAGUUUUUGAUUUUAGCUUUUUUGUUUAUGGAUGAGAUGUAUUAUAUAUGUUUUGUGCACAUUACCCAUGUAUCAUUUAUCAACACAUGAUCGUAAUCUGUACACAUUUGCACAAAGCACUCAGUGUUUGUACAUAUGCAGUUAUUUUGUCACACAUGAUUUUUUUAUACAUGUGCAUGUGUCAGAGAUUUUUGUCUGAAAACAAAGAGACAUGUAUUAUCA